AUAAAAUAAAAUUGCAGACAGCAAUUUAAUGAAGGGGAAUUGUGGCGCGAAAACGUUGUCUUCCUCGUCUACCAACUCAGCCCCGCCUUAACGAUCUUCACCUGAAACCGCCAUUGUCGUUUAUCUUUCUCCCUCUCCGCCCUAUUGUUCUCAAUUUAUUUUUUAAAAUUUAUUUUGAAAUGAUUUCGAUCUCAUUUACGGAACAUAAAUAUGCUGCACGCCAUAAAAGUUAAGCUUCUUCGCCCGUUUCGACGAGCUUCGUUCGACUUUCUGGUGAGAUCUUUGAAUUUUGAGGCCGAUUAUAGCAGAAAAGGAUGUUCUUGAAUCUUGAAUGCAAGCUGUUUGAUUGAAUGACGCAAUUGCAAGUGUCUUUGAAAUGUGGUUUAAUUGUUAUGUGAAGAGCGCUUCAACUUGGAGAGUUUGGAUGAUAUGCAUGAACCAGAUCAAGCAUUGAACAAUGGAGAACUCACAGCCACCGGAGAAAAAUAAGGGAAUCAACCCUCGCCGUCAUCUGACCAGAGAAUUUGGUUCCAGGUUCAGGUCAGUGUCACAUUUUCUGGCUGCUCGGCAUAGCCAUUCCCAGAACGUCAGGCAACCGGAAACUACUUCAUUGGAGAAGCAGGCUUUAUCAGCUGAUAAAACGCAGCCAAAAACGCCACCAUCUGUCCAGUUUUCGGAAGCUUUAUGUCCAUCAAGGAGACAUGUUUCUGAGUCUGAUAUUUCCCAGUGUAGUAGUAAGCCAGAUGAUGCAUUGAGGCCAUCAACAAAUGUUGUGCAGAAACAGACUGACACACUGAGGAAGCCUGCACCUGAAACCAAGAGAAGUCUACUAAAUGGAGACAAUUCUGGAGAUGAAACAGAGAAUUCUAGACCAGUAAAUAGCCUAAAUUCUCAACUGCAGUAUCAGCAUGCUUUGCCAAGUACAACAGGUGGGAAACCACCCUCAGAUUCAAUAACCAAAGGUAUUCAUCUGAGUGAGAGAAAAAGUAGAAAUGCUGAUGCAUCACCUCACCUCUUUCAGGAUCAGAAGCACUUUCUUAUGAGGACUGUCUUUGGAUGCAGCUACUAAUCCGCCACAAGAAUCUUCCAAUGACCUGCUACCAUUUGGUAAGAAUGAGAAGCCCAGAUCUCGCCCCGUCUCACCAAUGA